ACGCAAGCACCGAGUUACUGGAAGUAUCAAAAAAGCCAGGGUACGAACAAGAUCACCGCCUGGCGCCGUGGCAGAGAUGAAGCCUCCUCCUUGGAAGCCAACGACAAGGGGGCUUGCCUUCUUGGGCCAUGCAACACAGUAGGAUUCUCCUCUCUGUCUUUUCUCCUGCUGCCGUGCGGCUCCGCGCAAAUCCUCACCAUGGUGUCUUGCGCUGUCUGAGGCUUGAUAUGGCUCGAAUUGUGGGAUGUGGGAUGGACAGGGGUAACUCCGAUGCAUACGGGGGAAAUUCCAGUGCGAGUCGCACGGAGUCGCUACAGACAACAGAGUGGGCAGUUGACAUGAGUCGGGUACCUUGUUCCAGGGUCCCGCACCAAAGGAUCACCAGGUCGAGCUUGAACUACCAAUGGUCAUAUCCCCGAUGCUGCGAGGAUGUGCCAAAAACUGUCAACGCCAUGAGCUCGCGAUGCUCAAUUGGACUGCUCGUCGCAGAUCUGUGGUCUACCACCGUAGUCUGCUGAAUGAGUGGGGCUCCAGAACGUCACUGUGGGAGGGG